ACAGGAAAAUUAGGGGUUUCUAGUAGUUUAUGUAAUUUUCGGGUUAGGAUGCGAAAUUAACAUUUGACGGCUGCAUUUUGUAUGAAUUUCUCCCUGUGCUGACUCCUUCAAACGACCGCUCUAUCCUACCACCGAUGACCGCCACGGAUUCCGGUUUAGAGCCUCUCGAUCCUGCAUACGUGGCAGAUGUGCUCUCCAAACCACCUUUCGUCCAAAUCCCGGGCGUAUGCAACGUCCGCGAUAUAGGUUCAUACCCUACCGCAACUCCAAACGUCAUCACGAAGUCCGAUUAUGCCUACCGUUCAGCAGAGCUCUCCAGUAUCACUGAAGAAGGCGCGCGGAAAUUGGUCUCGCUUGGAAUCUUGACCGUCUUUGAUCUACGAUCAGAUCCGGAGAUGAGGAAGUACAGCUCCCCGAUACCUACCAUCGAGGGCGUAGAAGUAAUUCCGACUCCCGUGUUCAAGAGCGAGGAUUACAGUCCAGAAAAGCUCGCCGAGAGGUUUGAGCUCUAUGCAACCGGAACGACAGAGGCUUUCAUGAUACUCUACUCCCAAAUACUAGAACACGGCGGGCCCGCAUUCGGCACCAUCCUACGCCAUGUUCGGGACGAGCCAAACUCCCCUUUUAUCUUCCACUGCACGGCUGGGAAAGAUCGGACAGGAAUCAUGGCUGCUAUCCUUCUCAAGCUAGCAGGCGUAGAUAACCACUUCAUCUCACAAGACUACUCCCUCACACGAGUCGGACGUGAACCGGACCGUGCCAAGGUCCUAGCAAGACUCAUGAAAGAGCCUUUGUUCGCUGCCAACACCGAAGCUGCCAUGCGCAUGCUGACAUCUCGGUACGAGACCAUGCGAGCUUUCUUCAAUCUCUUAGAGGAAAAGUUUGGCGGCGUAGAGACGUACGUUAAGACCUAUACAGGACUAACAGACGAAGACCUGAAAACCAUCCGUUCAAAUCUCGUCGUCCCAACAAAGUCUCGGAUGUAGAUAUCCUAGUUCCCCCCUUUCUCUCUCACGCACACACGCCGCCUGUCACUUAUAUCCAUCAUAUGACUUAUGCUCAUCACCAUCACCACCACCA